AUGCUCCCGACGGCGCUCUUCAGCCAGAACCCCUAUAAACUCCACGCCGCGAUCUGCGCCACGACGUCGAAGCACGUGGUCGCAUACGUCCUGUGCCGGGAAGAUGGGAAGGAGCAAUGGCACCGCUACGACGGCACCGUUCACGACACAGACGUGCCGCCGCCAGACCCAGCCACCAUCGACACCCUGAUCUUCACACGCGCUCCCUACAAGCCGGCCGGCGAGGGAGACAACGAGGAGGACACAGGCACCCACCCAGUCAGGCCAACGCGGCCAACAGCACCGCCACCGCCACCGUCACGCGACCCGUGGGGCCGCACAACCUACGGCAUGCACCCGGACAUCGCGGAGCAAGAGGAGGAAGACACCGGGAUCGCACCCAGGCCGGCCGAGCCACGGACGGAGACACACACACCACCCACCCAGCCACCCGACACCGAAAGGGAGGGAGAGGAGAGCGACACGACCGAGAGCGUGCACACAGAGCCCGACCAGGCCGCCGAGGACGUGUCACAAACCUCCGACGAGGCACGGCACCGAUUUCGCCACGGCGAGAACACGGCAGCACAGCAGACCGGGACGAUCCACUGCCCGGUCUGCCCGCGCACAUGGACAUCGCGCGCCCGCCGGCAACAGCAGACCAGCCACCUUAACACCACCCACGCCAGGGAGGUGGUGAGGGUGGACGCGCUGAAGGCCACCGGGGUAGACCGUUGCCUCUCGUGCGGCGAGUUCGUCAUCGCGUCCGGAAACGCGCGACGAGCACACGGCCGGAAAUGCGGCGAGUUCGUCACCAGGGCGGUCCGCAACCAGAAGCGCGCCCGGACAGAGCAGAGCACACCCCGGCAGGACGCAGGGAUGGAGCCCACUCCGGAGACACCGCCACCACCGACACGCCACCGCACCAGACCCACGGAGGCCGACGCCGAGUGGGUGCAGGAGUUUCCCGCCACGAUCCGGACACUCCGGAAGCAGGAAUGGGGACACUGGGCCGAGGCGGUCGGCCACACCCUCCUCGGCUACACCGCGGCGGCCGCCGCGGGACGCUACCAGCGCCAGCUGGCGCUUACCGAGCUGGUGCGCACUCGCCUCGCCAAACCGCGCGCACCAGCACGGGAGGAGGACGAGAGCCACCAAGAGGAACCCAGCGAGACGCCCAGGGAGGGAGAAAGAGACGAGCCGUACACGGGCCACGCCGGCGCCACACGGCGAGCCAACACGGAGGAACACCUUCCCACCAGAGACGCGCACACCGCUGAGGAACGCCGCGCGCGCCGCAUCCUCCACCAACUCUCGCUAGGAGCCGUCGGAAAGGCGGCGCGCACGCUGUUCCAGGCACAGCUCCCACGCGCGCGCGCCAGCGAGGCACUGGACCAGCUCCGCGCGCUUCACCCGCAGGAAGACCCAGCGGGGUACCCGUGCCCACCACAGACACCUUUUCCCCACGGCUUAAAGCCGGAGAAGGUCAGGAACGUGGUGCUGAAACGGCUCGGCCGAGCCGCCGCACCGGGGCUCGACGGAUGGACCCGAGAACUGCUCGUUCCCGUGGUCGAAAAUGCGGCACUCCUGGCGGAGACGACCGCACUGAUGCAAGACAUCCUCGCCGGGAACGUGUCGGCGUCCUUCGCGUUCCGCCUCCGCGCGUGCGUCGUCCACCCGUUCCUGAAAGAACCGGGGUCGCCGAAGGUCCGGCCAAUCACGCCGGAGUCGAUGUGGCUGAAAAUCGCCUCGCACCUCGCGCUGGACGCGGUGGAAAAGCCGUUCCGCGACAUCUUCCAGGGAUGGCAAUUCGGUGUGUGGGGCGACGCCGCCGAGGCGGUCGCCCAGAUCCGGGAGACGUACGCGAGCGAGUCGGCCGACACGCUCGUCGCGCUAGACGCGACCAACGCGUACAACCGCGUCUCCCGCGCAUGGGUGCUGAGGGCGGCGUUCCGCCACCACGCCCUCCGCCACACGUUCGGGGUGGUGGACCUUUCCCUCGGGGAGCCGGGCGCCCUUGGCGUCUACGAGGGCGGCCGCCGGGUAGAGCAACUCUGGUCGACGCGCGGCGUCCGCCAGGGCAUGGUGCUCAGUCCCCUUCUCUUCGCCACCGCCGUGGCCGAGACACUGCGGCCGAUUAUGGCGGCACACCCGCUCGCCAAAGUGACGGCGUAUCUCGACGACUUGACCGUCGUCGGCCCACGGGCGGCAGUCCAGGCGUUCCUGGACGAGGCGGGGCCGGCGCUCGCGGCCACCGGCUUCGACAUCAACCCGGCGAAAAGCCACCACCUGUCGAAGAGCGCCGCGCCAGAGCCGGUGUCGGUCGCCGGGGUGGCGGUGCCGCUGGCGAGCGGCGUGGUGCGCAUCCUCGGCGCCGGCUUCCGCGGCAGCGGCGCGCCGGUGGACGAGUGGGUGUGGGAGAAAACCCGCCCGUACGAGGCGUACUUCACCGCCCUUGGCGGGGACGAGCUCCCACGCCACGCGCGCAUGAACCUCCUGCGUGCGUCGGCGCUGCCGCGCCUGACCUUUCUCUUGCGGACCCACAGCGCCGACGAGCUGCGCGACAGCGCGGCAUGGUUCGACGACCGCGUCCUCCACACGUUGUCGGUCCUCGCGGGCGGCGCGCCGAUCGAAGGCGCGGCCGCCCUCCUUGCCAGGCUCCCCCUUGCCAUGGGCGGAUGCGGGCUGCGGUCGCAGCUGGCCAUCUCGCGCUUCGCGGCGCACAGCGUAGGCCGGAAAGGCGCGCAGAAGACACACACGCACCAGUUGGACCAACACAAUCUCGAGGCCCUCAAAACACUCCUCCCGGAGCCUGCCCUCGAGAUCGUGAAGGCCAACGCGGCGCCAGGUGCCACGCGCGCGCUUGCCGACCCGGCGCUUCACCUGGGCGACUUCCCCUUCGAGGUCCUCGUCCGCCAGCGGCUCCUCCUACGGGUUCUCCGUCCCGAGGUGCGGUGUGCAUGCGGGGCGGACGCGGACAACGCGCACGCGAACGUGUGCCCGUUGGUCCCCGGAGGCCCGCGGAUCCAGCGUCACAACCACGUCCUCUCGGCCAUCGAAGCGUGGGCUAAACGGCUCGGGUUCGCGGUGGUCGCGGAGCCCCGGGUGAGCAGCACGAGCGGCGAACGGCUCGACCUGAGCAUCGCCGCGGCGGGCGGGACCUUCGCCACGGACGUGGUGAUCACGUUCCCCGGCCGGGCCCGCAGCGCCCAGCAGAACCCCCUUCAACAGGCGCACGCCGCGAAGAAGCGGAAGUGGGGCGACUGGGCGGCAGCGACCGGCACCACGUUUGCACCGGUGUCGCUCGAGUCGACCGGGGGCCUCCACAAGGAGAGCUUCCACUGGCUGCUUGCCGUCGCGGGCGCCGCCAACUUCCCGUUCUCCACGCGAACCGCCUUCGAGGAACUGCUGUCCUGCAUUUCCCGGGCGCUUCACGAAGGCAACGCGUACGUCUUCGAGGCGGUGCGGGCCAACUGGGCGAGGCGACUGUUGACGCACUAA